AUGAAAACUAAUGAACCAUCAUCAUCCAAAUUAAAAUCAAAACUUCAUCAUUCAACUUCAAGAGACUCAAGUACUUUUAUCAAAUCUACUGAUUCUGAUUCUGAUUCUGGUUCAGGUUCAGAUUCAUUUGAUGAUCAAUUUCAUUCAUCUACCUUUCAAAACCAUCCACUACAAAUCACUUCAGAUAAAUGGAUUCCAAUCAUUGGUAAACCUAUUAAUAACAACCAACCACAACCAUCAACUUCAAAUGCAAACUCACAUUCACAUCCAUCAAGAUCAUCAGUGACUGUUAAAGAACCUCAAGAUUUGGAUUCAGUUCCACUCUUUGAAGAUGAUGAUUCAAUUGAAUAUGUUAAAGUGGAUGAAAAAAUAUCAAUCUAUGUGGAAUGCUUUCAAUCAAUGUUGGAAACUGUUUUAGAAAGAGAACAUUAUCUGUUUGAUCAUCAUGAAUCAAACUUGCUUAACUCUUGGAAUACUUUAACGUAUUCUGCAAAGUAUCUGUUUGUUAGACUCUUUAUGAGAAAACAUGAUAAAUGGUUUAGGAUUGAUAAAUUAAAAAAUUAUGAACUGGAGAUUGAUAAUGUUCAUGAAGCAUGUCUACAACUUGCACAAUUAAACCCCAAGAGCAACUCCACCCAACCCACUUCACCUAAUCCAAUCCUAGAAGAUCUUACCUUCAACAUGGACCUUGACGAUCAGAUUGAUAUCAAAUCAGAUAUGAUCGAUCCAAUGUUACUCAAUCCGUCUUCUUCAAUCUCUCAUUGUAAUGCGAUCAGAAAGAUAUCCGAAAAUUUAUCCACAAAUCUAAUCGAUCAAGCCUUCAAAAGUUUAGACUUUCAAACCCAUGCGAUCUUACCCAUCUUACCUCCAAUCCCUCAAGCCGUUCCGAUCUUAGGACCUCACUUGAUCCCUUACCUUUCAUUUGCAAACCCUUCAAAAACCAAUCCAGAAGAACUUUUGAAUUGUUUAUCAUUAAUCGAAUUGAAAUCUUUAGCUAAAUCUUUAAAAAUUAAUUUUCAUACUACUAGAGAUAUGAUUAUUAAAGGUUUAUUGGAAUCUUCUAAGAAUCAAUCUACCUUGGUGAUGGGUUUUAAAAAGAAUGGAAAGAAAGAAGACAAUGGAUUCGGUUUGAAAUUCGAUUCACGUGGUAGGAAAGAAAGACAGAGUGAAAUGUUGAGUUCGAAAGUUCUAGGAAUCAUUGGGGAUUGUAUAAAGUUAGAUCCAGAAGUUUGUACACUCUUUAGUCGCUUACAUUUGAUUUACUAUAGAUCAAGAACGGUGACAGAGAAAACCAUGACAGCAGCCACCCUGGCACGCUUCAAACUACGAACCUAUCCCACCUAUCAUGUAACCCGAACCAGCUCGAUUUUCGAAUCAAGAGAUUCCUUAAUCAAAUAUGAAAGAGCAUUAUUAAUGGAAAAAGAAAUGGAAGAUUGUUUGAAUGGAGCAAGUUAUGUUGGUUCACAGAGAGAACCGAAAAGAGUGAUGGUUGAUAAAGUUGAAGAAAAAGAAAAGAGAAAGACAGAGAAGGAUCGAAGGAUGAAGAAAGGAGAAGAGAUCUUUAGGAGAGCUUGGAUAGAAUGGCAAGAAGCUUUGAAGGAAGAAGAUCAGAGGAUCGAACUUGAUCGUGCGAAUCGAAGGGAUGAGGAUCCGAUGAGGUAUUACCGAAGACAGUUUUAUCCGGGACAUCCACUUACAAGGAUAGUUUAUAAGGCAACCGAGAUUUUGUCAUACUAUAAAAACUAUGAAGGAGAAAUCGAAAUCUUAAUCACACUUUUAAAACAAAAACAUUUCAGAAGAGGUAAAAGAGGAGCAUGGUACGAAAGAUUAGCAUUAGUGUUGAUGACCCACUUUGAAGGCAGACACGAAACCGCUCUAAGGGUUUGUGAAGAAGGAUUAAAUGAUCCAGACACACAUGAAAUUUAUUAUCUUUCGUUAAGAAGAAGAUUGAUCAGAUUAAAGAAAAGUUUAGGAAUCAAUCAGUUUUCAGUUGAAGAAUGGAAGGUGAUGAAUUCUAGUAAGAAUUGGUGUAGGAAAACGUUGAGUGGUAAUCGGAUUGAAGAUGGUAGAGAGAUUGGUAGGAAAUCAAAGUGGAACUCGACUCGGAAUCCUUGGGAGGAAGUUUCGGUGGAAGAAUUCGUUUUGGAAAAGUAUUGUGAAGAUGAGAAUUGGAAAGGAUUUCAUUCUGAAGGAUCGAUCUUGACUACUUUGUAUUCUUUGAUUUUUUGGGAUGUGAUCUUUGCUCCUGUACCUGGUGUCUUUGAAACUUCUUAUCAAAGUGCUCCAUUAGACCUUUUUACAGACGCAUUUGCAAUUGUCAGAUCAAACUUAAUCAAAGAAACAAUAGAAAGUUUUCAAAAAGAAGGUAUUGGAAAGAUCAAAGAAACUUUAAUCAAAACAUAUGAAAGAGAAUCAGAGAAAAAGACUUGGUGUAUUGGAAUUCAUUGGGAAAGAUAUGGCAUGAAUGAAUUAUUGGAGAUUUUAGAAUGUUUAGGAUGUCUUGAGAUAUGUAAACUUUUGAAAGUUUUAAGUGAAGAAUAUGGGUUUAGAAAAGGUGGUGUACCUGAUCUUUGUUUGUGGAAUCAUAAGGAAAAGAAAGUCUUGUUUGUUGAAGUUAAAGGACCUGGUGAUAGACUUUCAGAAACUCAAAUCGCUUGGUUAGAUUUAUUGAGGAUUGGAAUUGGUUGUGAAGUUGAAGUUUGUGAAGUUAAAGAAGAUGAAGAUCAAGUGUUUAGGUAA